GUGUUGUAGCGUGGGUAGGCGUGGCUCUCAGCGUCCCUGUUUUCAGUUCAGCUGGUGUUUUCUGCAAAGUACGAACUCUCGUCCAACAACAGUCUGGUGAUAAAAAUGGCGUUUCAAGUCGCACCAGAGUUCGGCUACGUGGUGUUCAGCCUGGUGGCCACCUUCGUGACCUACACGUACCUGGGCGUCAACGUGGGGAGGGCGCGCAAGAAGUACGACGUCAAGUACCCGACUAUGUACAGUGACAAGGACCAAGUUUUCAACUGCUACCAGCGGGCUCACCAAAACAUGCUGGAGCAGCUGCCCCUGUUCCUGGUGUUCCUACUGGUGGCUGGUGUCCAGUUUCCGGUCCCCUCUGCCAUUGCUGGUUUGGUGUGGAACGCUGGCCGCAUUGUCUAUGCCCAUGGAUACUACACUGGAGAUCCCGCCAAAAGGAAUAAGGGUGCAUUUUCUUACUUGGGCUUUUUUGCCCUGUUGGGCAUGUCCAUCUAUGGAGCCGUGCGCCAGCUCAACUGGGUGUGAACAGAGGAAGCCUCCGACCUUCAUUAGAGUGCCCUUCUGUAGAAAGUGGCCUAUGGAAACUUUAGUAUAAUCUUAGUGCCAGUAGUAGCAAGUACAUGCAGUAAUAGAACAUUAUGUUCACUUAUCGGAUACCAAUGAUCCUGAUCAUGAAUAAUUUGUGAGACCGUAUGUUGAUUGUGUAAGUUACCAUGAAUACUGGUGUCACAUGUAAUACUAAUAAUGGACUUUGUGGAUGAAAUAGCUACCUACUCACACUGAUCCUACAGUGCUAUCAUGGUAUCUACUAGUCUGAGUUUAAGGGUUAUCUCACUUGACUAUGGUACAUUGGUGGCAAUGCAGUGUUCUACAUUGACUUAGUGUUACAAAUAUUAUGACUUUGUAAAUGGAAUUAAUAUCAUGCAAAAUGUACAAGUAUGAUUAGAAAGAUUUUUAAAAAACACACAUACACAAAGCAUCAAAGUAAUUUUUUUUUAUAGUUGCAAUUCAUUUAAGCACUCUGUAUCAAAUUUCUUGGCCGCAGCAAUGACAAGUUAAUGUACCACAUCUUCAGUGAGAUGCCCCUUCUUCAUCAGUUUUCUGGGUAGACCUAAUUUUGUAGAACUAAUAGAAAUCCAUUAAAAACACAAAUUUAAACAGAUUGAAGCUUACAUUGUUGUCAGGGUAUUUAAUCUCUAACCAGAUCCACGGUGCAUAAUGACCUGUAUAGUAUCAAACCUCCGGUGUCCGUCUGACUCCCUUAGCUGCUACACUCCUUGGCCAGCUUUGAUACUAUCUUAUGGCACCGUAGGAUCUGCUUGGAGAUUAAGUGUAUUGUAUUAGAUGAGUUACAUACAGUUUUCAAUGAUUACAGAUCCUGAGAAAAGGAUUUGGGGUGGAUUUUCUCACAUGGGUCACUUUGCACUGAUUCUCAUCGCCAUCUAUUGUGCUGUCCGUCAGCUCAACUGGGUGUGAACUUACUACGGAAGUAUCCAGGCAUUCAUGGUUACACAGGGUUUUCUAUGGUUGGGGGCUGUGUGUUACCUAUAUAAAAUUUCAUUGACAUCAUACAGAUUCAUAAUGAUUACAAUUUGCUACCUGUGUUACCUAUUAAUCUGUGUAAUCACCUGAAAAGCUGGCCAUAGCCUACUAGUAAGUGUGAUUUUAACCCUGGUGAAAUAGAUAAAUGACAUGAAAUUUGAAUCUCCAACGACCAUGUUGGCAUGUAAUUGGAUCAAGCAGUAGUGUCUUCAUACAGUGUUUUACAGACAUACAGUGUACACUGUGAUCCAACAUGGUGCAGAUAACGUCAAAGCCUGUAUAUACACCUAAUGCCAAUCCUAAUACAUGUACUUGUAAAGCCAGGCAGGGCUAGCCUGGGUACCAUCCUUCUUAGUAACCGCUGGCUCAAUCAUUUUGCUCGCAUGAUUAGCAAGUGAAAAGUUUGAGCCAUUGGUUGGUGCUGAGGAAGGUAACACUUAGACCUAGGCAGAGACACUAAUUAUUCAAGAUCAGGGCUCUAGCCAGCUCGACAUUUUUUUUCCGUCAGCCAAUUCCCAUUGUCGCGAAAACACUAUUCCAGGAGUUAGAGAGACUGAACUGAGACCUUGAAAAAGGGUUUUAAUGAGAUUAUCGUAUACGAAAGGGCACCGACACACAUUGUCAACAAUCAUAACAAUAGCAAAACAAACAGUGUGUGGCUUUUACGGCCGUGGACGGCAUCCCCAAGCAGCCUGUAGCUUCCACCAAGGAGCUUUUAUCAGAUUUUUGUCCGUCAAAGUUGACGGAUUGGUUUUAAAAUUUUUCCGUCACACGCAGCAAAUUUCCGUCAAUUGAUGGAAAAACGGACGCUGGCUAGAGCCCUGUUCAAGAUAAACUUUUCCUCCUGAUGAAAGUCUGGAGACUAAUGAAGGAAACUGUAAGCAAUAAGACCAUUUUGGGGAAUCCUUGUUAUGCCGGUAAUAAUGAAGAAGAGUUAGGUAAUGCGGGGGCAAGCCCAAAAUUCUAUAAUUACUAACUAAAGAUAAAUGUCCUUUAGAAGCUUAGUCUUAAUAGCAGUAUAUAACUGAAUGUACAAGUAAUUUUACUGGAUACCAUUUAUAUAUUAUACUCACACUAUAAUUCUUGUAAUUGCGUAGUUUACUAAAUGUGUGUAAUUGCGUAGUUUACUAAAUGUGUAAACUACAUUCAGUACCAGGUAUUACAACUGAACCCACAGCUGACAUAUCUGUAUAUCAUUUUGUGUUAACGAAGGCAUUUGGUAUUGGUGUAUAAAUUACUGAAAAUAUAUAUGGGUAGUAAUAAAGAAGGAUUGUGAAAAAAAGGGUGUUUUUCUUCAAUGAAAAAUAUGUCUUUUGCUUAAAAGUCAUAACAUUAUAUCUUAACAUUAAAAUGUCACUCAAUGCAAA